UCCAAAAACUGGAUUUCUUCAAUCUAUACUCCUCCCCUACGUUGUCUACCUGAUACUUAUUAUGAGCCAUGGGAAAACUUGAUCGACAAUUUUCACAACUUAUUGUUAACCGACUGUCUAAGAGAGUCUGUUGGAAUGUUACCAAUAUUAAGAACGGAUAAGCUUAAAAACUCUGCAGAAUAUAAACGUGCUUUUUUGGUUUUAUCAAUAUUAGCACAUGCCAGCAAUCUUGCUACGCUAAUUACUUUUACAAAUACUAUGGAUCAAUCUUGGUUUUACCUCGUUACAAUUGUUAUUGAAUGUUUUGGCGGGAAAGCUCUCACUGCAAUUAUUUCUGCAAUUCAAUCUGCUCAUGAUAAAAACAAUAAACAACUGAUUGAAUCUUUAAAAAUUAUUAGUUCAACCAUUGAUGAAAUUACCAAAGUUCUUCUUCAGAUUUAUGAAAAUUGUGUGGAUGGAUGUGAUGAAAAUGGAAAUCCUAUUAUCGCCAGUAUGGUGGUGGAAAGCUCAUUGAUCCAAUCAUUAGACAUCGCACUUAAUAUUGAACAUCAUCCAACUAUUACUAAGCCAAUUACAAACAAUAUUAGCAAUUAUAAGUAUUCUCAUGAGUCAUCUAAUGAAAACCUCAACAGUAAUAAAAUCGCUGAAAACAAUGAAUUGGUUAAAGCCUACAAUGACUGUUUAAAUAAAAUGACAAUUUUCAGAUCCAAGCAUUUACAAAUUGUUUGCAUUUACAUAAUUCAAGCACGUAAUAAAAGUUCAAAAGUGAAGCUAGAUUCUAAUAAUAAAGAUGUUACCAAUGGUGCUGUCACUAGUGGUUCGAUUAUAAAUGGUUCAGUUACAAAUGGCACUAUUUCUAACGUUAGAGGCACUGGUGGAAUUGAUUUAAUGCCUUUUUUGAAACAGAUGAGAGAAGAAACUAAAUCUAAAGAGAUUAAAAAUUUUAAAGGAUCAUCUGAUUUCAAAGAACAAAAAAAAUAA